AUGGACCCAGAUCAGCCACAGUUUGGUCGCUCAUACAAUAAUAAUACAACAAGGAAUAGUAAUAGUCGUAGAACCAAUACUAAUCCUAUAGAUACCAAUAAACAACAACAACAACCACAACAACAACACUUUCAUGAACCAUUACCUUCUCAACCACAAGCUCCACAAUUACAAUCGCAAACAUAUCCUCCACCUAAUCGACCAAACUUAACUACGUCAAAUCGAUUUAAUAAUAUGUUUUCACCUCAACCUAGGCCCACGAGCCCAUUCAGUCAUAAUUCCCCAUCUUCAACAACACCAAAUAAUCCAUCAAAUCCAUCCAAUACCAAUACCAACAAUCCUAAUAAAAGAUCAAGCGCUGCUUCUUCACCAAAUUCAAAUAUAAAUUUCUUAUUACCUACUCAAAGACAUACUCCAAGUUCAAUUGAACAAAAUGUAAGUUAUACAAGAAGUUUUAAUUCUCCAAGAGGUACUUCAAAUACAACUUCGACAAAUAUAAGAAGAGAUAGUCUUAAUAUUCCCACACCACCCUUAUUAUCUGUUAGUACACCACCAUCCCAAAUUUCACAGCAUCAUCAACAGCAACAACAACAACAACAACCCCAAGAAUCUCAACAACCACCUUCAUUGAAAUCAUAUCGAAAACCAUCUCAAGUACAUGUAGACCAAGUUCAAACUGAUGAUGAAGAUGCAAGAUUCUUAAGACUUGCCAGAGAAGCUUUAGUUGCCACUGCAGCGGGAGCAAAUCCAAAUGGAUCAGCCUUAGUUGAUCCAACCAUUCAAGAUUUAUUAACAAGAUUACAAUAUGCUGCCUCACCUCAUGGAAACCCUAUUGGAAGAGGGAGUGAUAUUACAACUAAUCAAAAGGGUCAAUUAAAUAUUCAAGGAUUUUAUGAACAAUUUCCAAAUUUAAGUAAUGAUAUAUUUCAAGGUGAUCAUGAUCAUCCAGAAUCAUCAAGUUCCCAUUCACAAUCUCAAUCAAAACCAAAUUUGACUAUUCCAAAUCGUUCAAAUCAUCCUAGUUCAAAUAAUGAUGGUUGGAAUUUCUUAAUUGGUGAACCAUUAACUUAUAAAGUUGCUGGAGUUCGAUAUAAUAAAGAUAGUCCAGAUUUAUCUGCUUCAUCAUCUACAAACACCAAUAUUACUCCAACUACAGCGGAUAGUAGUGGAAGUGGAGCUAGAUCGCAUUCCGUUCAUGGAUUAGCUUCUAGUUUACAUGAUAGUUUAACUUCAAAUCGAUCCUUAUCAAUUGGUAGUGCCAGCACUAUUCGAAAACAAUCUUUAGCUGAAUCAGGUAAUGAAACAGUUCGGAAAUUUUUAUGUGAGAAAUGUUCAAUGUCAUUUAGAAGAUCAUCUGAUUUAAAAAGACAUGAAAAGCAACAUUUAACUAUCCCACCUAAUAUUUGUGAAUUAUGUGGUAAAGGAUUCGCUAGAAAAGAUGCUUUAAAAAGACAUAUGGGUACAUUAACUUGUAAACGUAAUGCCGAUAAAAAAUUAUAUAUUGAUAAUUUGAAUUAUUUACGAGAUCCAAAGAAUUCCACCCCAAAUGGUGGUGAUGAUGAUGAUGAUAAUGAUCAUAGUUCAAGAGGUGGUAAUAGUGGAUUUGAUGUAAGUACGUUUUAAAAAUAAGAUCCAUC